AUGGACGCCAUUGAGGAAGCGAAGGCCGAUUUUCUGGAGGCUGGAGCGGAUGUGCAGCACGCGGAUGUCAUGGCCGCCUUCCUGCAGUGGGAUCGAAACGGAGAUGGGGUCAUUGACAAGAACGAGCUUUUGGCGGUUUUCAGUGGCCUUGGAUUGCAAAUUGGCAAUGACGAACUGGCAUCCAUGUUUCAAGCGGCUGACAUCAGCCACGAUGAUACCAUCGACUACUCGGAGUUUCUGCAGUGGGUCUUCAAGUCGGCCCAUUGGCAGAUCCGGAACCAAUUCCUCCAGACAGGGGUCUCAUGGCAUGGCGUCCACAAAGGACGCAACGCGCAGAUCAUGGAGGAUCGGCUCACAGUGAAGCGGCUGCCUGGAAGCAAAGAAUUCCAGGGGUUCCCCGAAGGAGAUGCCAUCGUGGUCUCCUCCGGAGCAGCGCGGGAGUUCAGGUUCCUCUUGGUGGACAACGAUGGCGUCUUCCGCUGCGGUGGCUUCGAGGCUGGCUUCAGCACGAUGCCGGCGGACGAGUUGCCUCAAGACCUGCACCAAGUGGCUCGGGAGCUGCCGAUGUGCUACGUCUCGGAUGCAAAGGGUCAGUUCUUUGUGGAUGGCGUGGCCGAAAGUGGCGCCACGAGCUGGAAACAUCACUUGGUCCAUAGCGGCACGGUGGUGGAUUUGAAGUGCAAGAACGGAGCCUUCCAAGUGCUGCUCGAUGGAAAGAUGGUUGCCGAUUGGAAGCUCGUUGUGCCCGAUGAGAUGGACCUGUAUCCCUUGGUGCCACGAGAGGCCACCUCUGGAUCCCACAGGUCAGUGUACGGAACCACACUGGAGAUCAAACUCCUUCCGCCGGAGGUUGGCAUCGGUGAAACCAUUGCUGCAGAUACCAACUCAGAAGAGGAUAAACCCAUGGGUUGGGGGAUCUUCUUCGUCUACAUGGGUUGCGGAGUAGCAACCCUGUCCUUCCUCUACUACUUCUACAAGGCCCGAUACAGUUUCCAUCAGACAGAGAUCUUGAUCGUGGAUGCUUUCCGACGGCUUCCUCUGUACUGGCCCCCGGCUCCUCGCGCCGGGGAGAUCAACUCGCGGACGGAUGCAGAAGGCUUGCCAGAAGAGAUCAAGCUGGCCUUUUGCGAAUGGUUUGUGGUCACGGAUUUGGAGGAAGCCAAAGGUGUGACGCGAGAUGAUGUUCUUGAACUCAUGCACGAUCUGGGCUACAGCGAUAAGGCUCAGCCAGCCAAGGACUUUCUCUUCCGAGGCGAAGGUCACAUCGAGGAGAAGCGUCGCUUGACUUGCGUGGCCUUGCAGGAGUCUUUGACGCUUCUGUGCGCUCUUCGCGCUGAUGCUCAAAAAAAACUGAGCCAGGAGCCGAAGGAGGGUGAAGAUCCGCCCUUGGUUCCCAAGUCCGAUGCGGACGCUCUGGAACUCCUGCGGCGGAAGUUCAGGAGAUCAGCCUCUGUUCUCAACAGUGCUGAGCAGUUGAGACAAGCCACAGCAGGUGUGCCCGUCAAGACCUCAGCGAUGACCAAGGGUUGGGCAUUUGGCCCAUUCCAGAAAGGAGCUUCUGCGGCAUGUGAAGCCCUUAGAAACAGGGUGUGCCAUGUGCUGGUAAUGGUCAAAGAAUGGCUGCAAGAGGCGGAUUUGCAGAUUGAAUUGGAUGGUCUUGGUGCAAAAAACAUCGGUCGGUCGCCAUUCCUGGUGGUAACUGCGGAGCGCAAGACCUUGGAACUGGAAGCGGAACGCCUGGGAUAUAUCAAGUGCCACCGGGCGCUGAAGCCGCAUGUGAAAGAUCAGGGCUAUGGGAAGGUGGAAUUCGAGCGGCAGCCGGAGGAGUGGGUGAAGUGUUACAAUGACUAUGAGAGUGCUGACUUCUGGUUGCCCUGUGAGCGCAUCCAGCUCUUGCGGCAGCGCAUGGAUGGAGUGCCAGCGCCCAGGGAGAAGAUGAAGAGUUUGAAGAUGCAGCACAGCACCGCCCUGGCGGUGGCGGAUCGCCUGCUUCCUGCCCUGCGGAUUGCGGGCCUCGUUGACUGCAUGGUCCCCUUGGAUGAGGAUUUCGGAGUGGAGCGCCGCCAAAUGUGGAAGGAUCCGAUCCGCAACGGCGAGACGUGGGAUUUUUCAAGCGACGGUAGUGUGAGCAUUUCCUCCAGCAGAUUGGAGAAGUUCAUGAAAGCUGAGAUUGACUACUUUGCGCAAAAAGCUCCACAGCCAGUGAGGCUGGAUCAGAUCAUCAAGGCUUCGACGCCGGAAGAGGUGGCGAGUUUGAUCCACGACAAGCUCCCGGGGCAUUUUGCCACGCGGAUCAAGCAUCUAGAGGCGUUACCUCGCUGGGCAGACGUGCCAGAGAUUCAAGACGUCCAUAAGAUCUUGUCGAAAUCCUUCAGGAGCCUGCGAUUGGUCGAGAGAGGGCACGACCUGAAGGAAGUCACUGAAGUCAUCGCAGAUCUGCGCCGGAGGCACAAGAAGGUGGUGCCUUUGCUGGGUGAUGCCAUUGCACAACUCAGACAUGACGAUUUGAUCGAUGAGAGUUUUGCCAACAAAUGGCUUGACACGUUCCUGUUGGCGAGGAUCAGUACAGAGAUGCUGACCCUCCAUUUCAUGGAGAUGCAGGAAUGUUAUUUGGAACAUCGGGGCGGCGACACGUCGGUUUGCACUGGAAUCGUGGAUCGGAAAUGUGAUCCAGUGGCCAUUUGCCAACUGGCUGUUGACAACGUGAAAGGCCUCAGAUGUGACGAUGAUUUGGGUGAAUAUGGUGAGGUCGACUUUAUCGUAGAAGACUAUCCGUGCACAGCAUCUCAAGGCAAGAUCCAGUUCUCCUUCUUGCCCCGAUAUUUGCUGCUUUUAACGGAAGAGUUGCUGAAGAACAGCGCCUAUGCCACCCUGCUGAAUCGCGGCGACGAUCCCAGAGGCUUGGAUCAUUUUCCAGUGACGCUCACGGUGGGCUCCAAUAAUCAACAGGUGGUGAUCAAGAUUUCUGAUAGAGGCGGUGGAAUUUCAGAGGUCUCCGCAGAAAAGCUGUGGUCAUACUCCUGGUCCCGACGUCUCGGUGGUUUUGUGAAACCCAUGAACCAAUUGGCUUCAUUUGACGACCCCUUGGAGGGCUUAAAGCAGCAACGGUUGGGCAUGGGACUUCCAUUGUGUCGUCUUUACACCAAAUAUCUUGGUGGAUCUUUGCAGCUGAUGUCUGUCCCCGGCGCAGGCGUUGACACCUACUUGGUGCUUUCCAGAAUUGAUCCGGAAAGCAUUACUCCCACCUGUGAGUCGUUGGCUGCCAGACAACAGCUUUGCACGAUCACCGAUCCGAGACGUCACCCUGACCGGACGCGCACCAUGCGUGAGAACCCUGAGAGCUUAAAGGGAAGCUUCAGAAAAGGCGGCCAGCGAAUACAUUGGGACUCCAUGUGGAUGAUCCGGACUUCUCCGGAUCGAAUCCAGCGCUACUUCGGUGCUGAAGUCGCCUUGUAUUUUGCCUGGCUGAACCACUUCACUCUCUGGCUCUUGGCUCCUGCAGUGGUCGGGUUGCUGUGCUUCCUCCGUAUGCGCAUGUGUGGAUUUACCGUUGAUGAUGAUCCGUAUUUGCCUUUCUAUUCCCUCUUCGUGAUCUUUUGGGGCGUGGCCUUCCUUCGCAGCUGGGAUCGGCAUUGCUCCGAAGCGGCGUGGAGAUGGAACGUGCAUGGCGUGGAGUACAGGCCAGAUGAGCACCGUUCAGAGUUUGUGGGGGAGCUUCGUACCAGUCGAGUCACAGGAUUGCCAGAGAGGUAUUAUCCUGAGAGCAAACGCCUGUCUGCAUAUGUCCUUUCCGUCCUAGUCACUGCGGUCAUGCUUGGGAUCUCGUUUUGCGUCAUGAUUUGCUCGUUGAACCUCCAGGGAUACAUGGAAGAGUCGGUCACCUCCUUUGAACAGGUCUUCUACAUCGCUCCUCUCGCUCGACUGGCGGAUCGUGGGGCCCUCUUCGACCCAAAUCAGACGGAGUACUUUGGCUUGAUUGCCUUUGGCCCCGUGGCAUUGCAUGUUUUGGCAAUCAUGAACCUCAACAAGUUUUAUGGCUUCGUGGCAGAAUGGCUCACCAACAAUGAGAACCACGAGCGCUUGGAACAUCAUCGGAGCUCUUUGAUGGCCAAGAGAUUUCUCUUUGAAGCCUUCGACUGCUACAUUUCUCUAUUCUACGUGGGCUUCGUUCAGCAGGACAUCCGAAAGUUGCCCCACGAAUUGCUCUGUCUCUAUGGAGUGGACAGCCUGCGGCGAGUCUUUAUGGAAAGCAUCCUACCCUUGGUCCUUGAGCAAAUCAGCAAGCGGAAGGCCUUGUCGAAGGCUGCAGAACUCAAAAGGCCCGAAGGCCUGGCGGAAGUUGCCACAUGUGAUGCCGAUGGCAGCUGCGAUGUCAAGAGAACGAAACGGGAUAGCGGCGUGGUGCUGUUGCAGGGGGUGAAGAAGCACGGCAAGACUCAAGGUGGAGAACUUCAGCUGGACGAGCAAUGCGCCGCAGAGGGCGAAGAUCCGUAUGACCCGCAGUACUCCUCCGCCGCAAAGUUUCCGCGCGACUGCUGUGCGGGGACCAGGCGCUGUGGGCCCUUCUACCAGGCGAGCUGGGGUGGCUGGUCCUACGAGUGCCGUGCGGAUUGCAGCCGUCGAACGGAGCCGGACGACUGUGGCUGUGUACCACCCAAAGGCACCACGGUGUGCAGUGCGGAGGCUGGUCCAGCACGAGACAACGAUGUUCGGGCUCCUCGAGAGUGUCGUGACCGUACCUCCACCACGGGGGUCACAGAGAGCACCACUUCAACAGAGAGCACCACCACCACUUCAACAGAGAGCACCACCACGGGGCCCACCACGUCGUUCACAGGAGGUACUGGUCCUACUCCGACUCAUUUGAACAUCAUGUCUUGGAACGUCUUCUUCGGGAACAGUCGCUUCAAUGCCAUGAGCGACAUGUUGAAGGGGCACGAGAUCGACAUCGCCAACCUUCAGGAAACCAACAACAAGUUGAACGACAUCGCAGAGGCCUCCGGCUACACCUCCAUCAACACUUGGAGACAAAAACAUGAUUGGUGUGGAUAUAACUUUCACAACUCGGACUGGGGUCAUGCGUGGUCCAAAGAGCUGACAGUUCCUGGGAACCGCGGGGUUUGCGGCGCCAUGAUCUUCAAGGGCAACGCCAAGUUGUGCGUCUGGGGCCUGCACCCCAUCCAGCAGGGCAACAACGUGAAAUUUGCCAAGGAGUCGGUGCGCAUUGCGGCGGAGGAAAUGAAGGUCUGCUCGGAGACCUACAAUGCUCCAUCGAUUUUCCUGGGUGAUUUCAAUACCUUGGAUUGGAGAGGUGUGCGCCGUGAACUCAACGAACGCACCGGUUGGGAGUGGGACUUGGCAGCCAAGCAUGACAUCGACUUCAUCUUCAUCCAGCCGCCUGGCUUGGCAAGGACUGGUCCCUUGAAAGUGGGAGAGGUUGAGUCCUCGGAGAUCGUGGGCGAUGGCAGCUGUUGGCCUGGCUUCCCUCCCCACAACGGCAUCUCCAGAGAGUGUGGCUAUGCGGAUCACUCGCUCUUGUACACUACCCAGACAAACCUCCCUUUGUCAGGUGGACGGAAUCCGAUACUUCGACGAAAGAUGACAGCGAAAGGACUAGCAGGGUCCGAACAAGCGCACUUCCUGGAGGCUUUGGAAGUCUUGGACCAGCCUCAUUAUGAGCAGUUUGACGACUUUCUCGAAAUGGUGAUCGAGUUUGGCUAUGUCACCCUGUUCGCCUCCGCCUUCCCAUUGGCAGCGGCUAUGUCGGUGGUCAGCAACUUGGUUGAACUGAAGUCGGACACCUUUAAGCUGACGCGAGUCUAUCAACGACCCAUGUCCCGGCGGAUGAAUUCCAUUGGAAUCUGGCGACAAGUGCUGCACUUCAUCGCAGCCAUUUCCAUUGUCACCAACGUCAUGAUUUUCGUGAUGAGUGAGCAACUGGCCUCCUGGGUACCCUCUUUGUACCGCGAAGCGAGUCUGGAAGAUGUGCAGCAAGGACGGCGGUGA